CUCCGCCCUGCAGAGAUGACUACUGUCAAUAUCCAACACAGGAGUGCAGCAGGCCAGCGGAGAGUUUGUUUAAUUUGGAUAAAACUGCUUGGACCUGACGUUAACUGCUCCUCUCGACGUGCUGACGUAAAAAAAUAACGUCAACUAACAAGCUAACGCAACGGAAACUCUAUGCAGGUGCUGUGGCCGCGAUGUGAGAGGGGGUCAUGCCUUUGGUCAAGAGAAACAUUCAGCCUCGGCACCUGUGCCACGGCGCAGUGCCUGAUAGGAUUGGCAACGAGCUGGAAUGUGUAACCAACAACACGCUGUCCGCCAUCAUCCGCCAGCUCAGUAGUCUGAGUAAACAAGCAGAAAAUGUUUUUGGGGAGCUUUUUAAUGAGGCCAACACCUUUUACGUGCGUGCCAACUCUCUCCAGGACCGUAUAGACCGCUUGGCCUGUAAGGUCACCCAGCUGGACUCCAGCGUGGAGGAGGUGUCUCUUCAGGACAUUAACAUGAGGAAGGCAUUCAAAAGCUCUGUUGUCCAGGACCAGCAGGCUUUGUCCAAAGACAGCACUCCCAACUCUGUGGCUGAGAUGCACGACGGCUGCGACCUGCCUCCUCCCCUCAGCACCCUGACUGCCUACAGAGAGGAUUCCACUGAUGCCAUGAAAUUCUACUCCGACCCGUCAUACUUUUUUGACUUGUGGAAAGAGAAAAUGCUUCAGGACACGGAGGACAAGAGGAAAGAAAGGCGGAGGCAAAGGGAACAGAAGCGAUGUGUGGAAAGCAGCACCCUUCAGCGUGAGGUCAAGAAGGUGAGGAAGGUGAGGAGUCGCAGACAGGAGUGGAACAUGAUGGCCUUCGAUAAAGAGCUUCGUCCGGAUCACCGCCAUCCGCAGAGUCUCCGCCGAGGGGCGUCGUCUGAGGGCUCGCUUUCCCCAGACGGCAGGCCUGACCUCCCAGACUACCCCAUCCCUCCAGUGCCUGCCCACGCUGCUUGUAAUCAUGCCAAGUCACAUGAUUAUGUGCCCGGGAACGCACACCCCUCGCCACCUGUGGAGCAUGAAUACCACAGCAUUGAUGUCAAUUACAAGAGGGUAACCUACGCCACAGCAGAGCCUCACCCCACAGACCGAAUGAACGGUUCAAUACGUCCACCUGCGGAUUACAACUCUCUGCCGCCGCCUCCUGUUCCGGGCCCUCCCAUCCCGUCAGCCCAGACAGCCUUUGGUUUUCCUCUGGGUGCCCUUCCACCAACACCACAUAAUGGAGUUCUGCUAGUAGGCCCGGGCUACCCGCUCCCACCUGUACCUCCUCCGGGGCCACACAUGUUCCCUCCUCCCCCAGGACCCCCACCUCCACCUCUCCCUCCCCCCGCUGCACCCUUACACCUGGCAGGAUACGGGGAAGGCGGUAGAGCUGAGAAUAAACCUGUGAGAGACGCUAGAAGUGACCUGCUGUCUGCCAUACGCAUGGGCAUCCAGCUGAAGAAAGUCCAAGAGCAGCAGGAGCAGCAGAACAAGCGGGAGCCGGUGGGGAACGACGUGGCCACCAUCCUGUCCCGGCGCAUUGCGGUGGAGUACAGUGACUCUGAGGACGACUCUGAGCUGGAUGAGAACGAGUGGUCAGACUGACCAAACACAGUGAAGUGCAGAAAAUGGCUCAGGUUUUCUUUUAUUGUAUCCUAACUGCAAAUCAAGCAAAAAAAACUAAGUGAACCACUCUUUGGCUCCACCUAGUGGACUCUAGGUACUAGCCCAUCGCUGCCAAAGCACCUGAACUUCAUCCUGUAUUAUUCAUGUGCUGCCAAAUGGCCAAAGGAAAUUGUAUAAGAAAUUCUUCUGAAACACAUGACUUUGCAGUGACGAACUGUGUAACUACAUGUUUAGUUUCCUACCACUGAUGAAAUGUGAGUCGUCAGUUUUCUCACAGUUUGUUCUAAUAAACUGUCCUCUCCUGAACAGACUGGCACCUUAAACACACUAUACCCAUUCAUGAAAUGUAGAAUACCAUGCAGUAGACCUAAAACUGAUGUCUCAGUUCUAGGCCCUUUCAAUGAAGGCAUUUUGACAUGUCGCAGUCGGAAAAACACACUCAUUAAUAAUUAAAUGAUUGGCUGCAUUCCAUUUAGCUGCUUCAGUUUCAGGAUCCUGGUACUGUGCAAGCUGGCUCAUUGUCACAGCUUACCAGGACACUUAGACAUAACAUAAAGGAAGUUAAAAUCUCCCUUUUUCUAUUAUGACAUGUCAAAAUUGUGUAGGAAAAAGGGCAUUUUAUUUAUAAAUGAAACCUUGUAUUUAAGCAAUCAUUUAAUCACAAAAUUACACAUCCCUGAUGAUAUUUUGGACUAAAUGUGCUCUUUCCUAUUUUAUGUUUGAUCAGUAAUUCCAUUCAACAUUUUGUAAUUGCUACCUCAAUUUGUGACCAUUUCACUUCCACGCGCCCAGUCUGAAUACAGUUUUGUUCUGCCAAUUCAAUUAUUAUUUUCUGUGAUGUGUUUGAAAAUGUUGACAGAUCAUUUAAUUGUUUUCAGUAUUAGCUUAGACACUGUAUGAAUCAACCUACCAAAAUAACAUACUAAGGCUGAUCUCUGAUCCUAACCAUGUCCUGAACACUUAAUAUGAAUUAUUACCAUCAAAACCUUCUGUGAAUCGGUCAAUCCUAAAACUAAAUAUGGAGCUUAAUCUCAGAUCAGAUGAACCUUGAAGGGUCUUAAAUAUAUCGUCUUCAGUGAUUAUGUUGUCUUAAAUUGUGUGUAUGUGACCUGACAAUAAAGCAUUAUUAUUAUCACCA